CAUUCAUAUUUUAUGCGUACCUGUCACUUUGAAAUCAAUCGUGAAUAGAUCUAUAUACGUAUCUAUUCCAAACCUUGCGUGUACUUAAUAGUCAGGAAGCUAUUGCCUCUGCUAUAGAGCUCGAUAACGAUAUCGACUAAUGAUGAUUCUCGCGUAACAAUUGGUGUUACGCGAAAUCACUUAACACGAUCAAUGUUUCUGUCCUAACUUCAAACGUGAUUCAGUUAUGGAUGUGGAACAUGUGGAAAAACGGUAUCUGAGAAUUAACAAAACGCUUGGGGUGAUAACCGGCGUCUGGCCGUAUCAAAACUCCAAGAUGAAAAUAAUCAUGCAAACUUUUACCCUUGGUUUCAUGUUCACGAGCGUCCUUACACAAACUGCGUGCUAUGUGUUGUUUCCUAGCGUGGACACAAUGGUUGACGGCAUAGCUUACUACAUAGCGGCGAUCGGGACGUUCGUGAAAGUAGGUAAUUACGUGGUGAACGAAUCGAAGUUGAAAUCGAUGCUGAAUCAAAUAUUCGACGAUUGGGCAGCGAUUGAUUCGAAAGACGAAUAUGACAUUAUGGUUGCGUACUCGCGAAGGGGAGCGCUCAUUGCGCUGGGCUAUUUUCUGCACCUCUUCUGUGCAGCAACAUUUUUUUCUUGCUUCUGCAUAAUGCCAAGUAUUCUGGACGUCGUCGUACCUCUAAACGAAUCGCGGAAACGGCUGUUCAUAUAUCCUGCCUACUACUGGGUUAAUAGCGAAGAAUACUACGUGCUGAUAAUAGGGCACAUGAUUAUGAUCUCCGGCCUCCUAGUCUGCAUAUUCUGCGCUUGCGAUACGAACUACGUGUACGCUGUGCAACACGCUUGCGGUUUGCUAGCUAUUACGAGACACCGAUUUAGAAACGUGUGCAAAAAUUUACCCUCUCCCGACGAGGGAGAUGACAUAGAAAUGUCAGAGGAAAUGCAAUAUAAAAACGUGUGCCAUUCAAUUCAAGCUCAUCAGCACGCUAUAAAAUACCUGCAGAUAAUCGAAAACAGUCACCAUACUUAUUUGUUCAUUUCAAUGGGGAUGCUUAUAACAGCGGUCAGCGUCUCGUUGUUAAAGGUGGCAGAGAACGAUCAUCACUCGCAAUGGAUAAUGUAUUGCAUGUUUUUACUCGCCCAACUGUUUCACGUAUUCGUUUUAACCGUCCAAGGGCACAUGAUUAUGAUCUCCGGCCUCCUAGUCUGCAUAUUCUGCGCUUGCGAUACGAACUACGUGUACGCUGUGCAACACGCUUGCGGUUUGCUAGCUAUUACGAGGUAA